AUGGAGAUAUUAAGUUUUCGAAAAUUCAUAUAUUUAGUUCACUUUGCACUAGGAUGCGAUUACAACACAGUUCUCACUAGAUCUCCAUGGACACUAAAUGAAGAUCUUUUCUUCAUGGAAACAUGCGAUCCUGACAAACUUCUAGAAGAGUAUGAGUUUAAGUUUGCAGAUUUUACGAUUCACAUUCAUGGACUACCAAUGAGUGCUCAAACAAUCAAAAUGGUCGAUUUCAUUGCAGGCAAGAUAGGAACUACAUAUCCAAUAACCUCAUCAGAACAUGCACUGUGGGGGAGUGUUGCCAGAGUAAGAGUCAGAAUGGAUGUCACAGAGCCUGUAAGACAAGAACUAAAUUUCACUCUACUAUCCAAGAAAAAGUGCAAGGCCAUGUUAAGGCAUGAAAGACUAUCUAGAGUCAUGAGAAAUUUUGGCUUAUCAGAAAAGGGUAUUAAAUGGAUACAUACAUUGCUGCAAUGUGCUAGAAUAUCAGUUCUCCCCAAUGGUGGUCCUGUUGGAUAUUUCAAAGUGGGAAGAGGACUGAGACAAGGAGAUCCCCUGUCUCCACUUCUUUUUGUUAUUGCUGAUGACAUCUUGAGUAGAACAUUAUCAAGAAUGAUUCAAGAAAGAACAAUCCAGACAAUGGUGUUAAGAAAUGGAGUUCGACCUUCUCACAUUCUAUUUGAAGAUGAUAUCUUCUUAUUUUGCAAUGGAGAUAAGAGAAACAUUAGAAAGCUACUUAAUUUUCUCAGGGAUUAUAAAAUGUCAUCUGGUCAAAGAGUUAAUUUUGAAAAAAUUAAAUGUUUCAUUGGAGGACUAGUGAGCUAA